UGCCCACAUCUCUUUGUGAGUCCUCUCUCACCCUUUUCCUGUUCGCAAUAUCGAGUUCUGAUCCGUGGCCCUUCUCUUCAGUCCCGUAAGUCCUCUCUCCCAAGCUUCUAGUUUUCUUCUUGUUGUGUUCCUUGUUUCCUCUUCUGUUGAUGAAGUCCGAAGACAAGGAUCACCACCACCACCCCCACCACCGCCAUAACCGGUUGUUUAACUUCCACCUCCACAUGCGACACGAGAAGGGGGCUUCGUCACCCAAGGGGUUGAUGGGAAUAAGGGUGGGAAUGGAAGGGGAGGAAGAGCAGCAGCGAUUCAUGGUGCCGGUGGAGUAUUUGAAACAUCCGCUCUUCGUGGGGCUUCUCAACGAGGCCGAGAGGGAGUAUGGGUUUGACCAACCGGCGGCGAUCACCAUCCCGUGCCGUGUCGACUACUUCCGCUACGUCCUGAGCAUCAUCGACCGUGAUAGUAGUGCCGGUCAAACCCAUCAUCGCCAACACCACCGCUUGGCCCAUUUCGCUGGUUGUUUUAGGGCGUGAUGGCAAAACAUAGAACAAAAGAUCAGUUAUUAUUAUUAUUAUUAUUAUUGGUUUGAAAAUUGAGGAUGGUUCUGAUGACCAUAUGCUAUGAAUACUUGGUGAAUGAUGUGUUAUUUUUUU